AUGCAGGAUAAAAAAAAAAGUAAAGAUGAUUGGAGAGAAGAUCUCUACAAUUUGAUAGAACUAUUGAGAAGGAGGCAGCUUAUUGGAUCUCAAGCUCAGGGAAAGAAAACACUCGAAGUCUUGAGACAAAUAGUUGAUAAGUGCACGUGGAAAAGUGUAAAUGAGCUUAUUCUAAAAAUAAAAGAAAUCGGCUCAGAAGUUGCGUCAAUUGAUCCUUUAGCAUUUUCUGUUAACAGUACUUUUAGGAGGUUUCUUAACGUAGUAAGAAAGGAAUAUAUCAAAUUGUGUACUAAACAGCCGGCAUGUUACUACUAUUUUAGUAGCUCUGAAAACACUGAUUUGCAAGGAGAUGUAAAUAUGUGUCUCUUAAGAUCCGCAAUUUUCGAAGGUAUAAAUGAACUUUUACAUGAAUAUGGACAAUCUUGGGACUUUGACCAAUGCCUGGAUAUUUUUACAGCAAACGAAACUGUUUUAAUUUAUGGUUAUUCAAAUUUAAUUGAGAGAAUGUUAAAGUCAAUUUCAAAAAAAAAAACAAAUCUAACUGUUUUUAUUUUAGAUGGUGACCCAGAAAAGUAUUCUUAUGAAUUUGCUCAGAAAAUUUCAUUUGAAUUUGGUAUUAAUGCUAUUCUGAUGUCUGAUUCAAGCUUAUUCAGCCUUAUACCCAAAGUAAGCAAAGUUAUUUUAAGCGCAAAAGCGAUAUUUCCAGAUGGAAGUGCCGUUACACUUUCUGGUGGAUACUUAAUUUCACACACUGCGAAAUUUUUCUCUGUUCCUAUUGUAAUUGUUGCUGCCCUCUAUAAACUUUGUCACUUCCCACUUUUUGACACCCAGAGAACAAAUUUAAUCGUUCCGCCAAACCUCUUUGCAGACUCACUUAAGCAACUUUCAAAUGUUCACUUUGCAAUUAAUAAAUUGGAUUUAAUCCCUGAUAAUUUAAUAAGUAUUUUCUUAACAGAAAAUGGAUCAAUGUCUAAACUACAACUAUAUGAGAUUUUCAAGGGUAGGUUUCAUCCAGAUGAUCUGUGA